CCCUCAAUUCACACCUUCAUACAAAUUUGUUUAUUAAAGUUGUAGUUUCAUAACCUUGUUUAGAAAAGAAAAUCCAUGAUGAGAUCAGAUGGUGACGUCGUGAUUGUCAUGGAUGGCACCACCCGCUCUUUUAAAGUAACACCCCUUCAUCCACAGCCUUCAUCAUAAAUGAGUUAGCUGAGUGGGUGAAGAAGGGUAAGAGAUGUGGAGCACACUGUAUGUUUCUUUAUACCUGUCAUUUAACUAUAUCUCUGUAGCAUCAAUCGUCAGAUCAGGUACCUGUCAGCUCCAGGGACGCUUCAAAUUGAAUGGAAUGUACCAGGAUGGAGAUGUUAUACUUGGAGGCCUGUUUCAGGUUCAUUUUUUCACAGUGUUCCCAGAUCUGAAUUUCAAAACGGAACCAGAACCACCACACUGUGAAAAAUUUGAUAUGGAAAGCUUCCAGCAGGCACAGACCAUGGCUUUUGCAAUAAAUGAGAUCAAUAAGAAUCCAAACCUGCUGCCUAACAUCACUCUUGGUUACCAUCUUUAUGACAACUGUGUGAGACUAGGAAUGGCGUUCCGGGCUGCCAUAUCCCUGGCUAGUGGGACAGAGGAGUCCUUCUCCAGCGUAAACUGCACUGGCCCCCCUCCUGUGAUUGGGAUUGUGGGGGAUCCAAGUUCAACUCCUUCCAUUGCGAUUUCCAACGUUCUGGGACUGUUUCGAGUACCUAUAGUUAGUCACUACGCCACCUGCUCUUGUUUGAGUGACAGGAAAAAGUACCCCUCUUUCUUCAGAACAAUACCCAGUGAUGCCUUCCAGGUGCGGGCUAUGGUUCAGAUCUUGAGGCAUUUUGAAUGGACCUGGGUUGGUCUUGUCUACAGUGAUGACGACUAUGGCAUCUAUGCUGUUCAGUCAUUUCGGCAGGAAAUGCAGGUGUUUGGACAUUGUGUUGCUUUUUCUGAAAUUCUGCCCCAUGAUAACAACCACAGAGACAUUCAACGUAUAACAGGGGUGAUUCAGGCUUCUACAGCUAGAGUGGUGGUUGUUUUUUCCACUUCAUCCUUUCUUUUGCCUUUGAUGGAUGAGGUUGUGUUGCAGAACAUAACAGGAAGGCAGUGGAUUGCAAGUGAAGCUUGGGCCACCACUCCUGUAUACCACACUCCACGUUUCAUGCCCUUCCUCAGGGGCACGUUGGGCAUUGCCGUGAGGCGUGGAAAAAUUCAGGGGCUUAAUGACUUUCUGCUACGUCUUUGUCCCAGCAAUGAUCCAAGAAAUAAUAUGUUGAGGAUCUUCUGGGAGAACAUGUUUGGCUGCAGUUUUGAAACAGGGGAUAAAGAUGGAGAGCAAGUGAAAAAGGUGUGUACAGGACAGGAGGAUCUGAACACCACGGACACACCAUACACUGAUGUUUCAGGUUUGAGGGCAGCGUAUAAUGUAUAUAAGGCAGUUUAUGCCCUGGCACAUGCGCUUCAUGACCUGAUGCAGUGUGAUGAGGGGAGAGGACCAUUCAGUGGGAACAGCUGUGCCAACAUAAUCAACCUGAAACCCUGGCAGCUGGUUCACUAUCUACAGAAAGUGAACUUCACCACAGGCUUUGGGGAUCAUGUGUCAUUUGAUAAGAAUGGAGAUGCUCUGGCUAUCUAUGAUGUGUUAAACUGGCAGCCGACCUCUGAUGGGUCAAUAAGUAUCUAUACGGUCGGUGUAGUAAAUGAAGGGGCGGCAACAGGGAUGGUGUUCACACUGGAUGAACAAGCAAUUUACUGGAACUUUGAGACAAAAAAGCCCCCACGGUCUUUGUGCAGUGAGAGCUGCCCACCAGGAACCAGACGAGUCACAAGGAAGGGCCUUCCUGUCUGCUGUUUUGACUGCCUGCCAUGCGGAGAUGGAGAAAUUUCUAAUACAUCAAAUGCUAUUGAGUGCACAAUGUGUCCAGAUGAGUUCUGGUCCAAUACAGAUAAAGAUCAGUGUGUCCCUAAAGAUGUAGAGUUUCUGUCCUAUAAAGAACCUCUGGGCAUCUCUCUGACCACUGCAUCUCUGCUUGGCACCUGCUUCUGCGCUCUUGUGAUGGUCAUCUUUGCUCUUCACCAUAACACUCCCAUAGUACGCGCCAACAAUUCAGAGCUCAGCUUCCUGCUGCUGUUGUCACUUAAACUGUGUUUCCUAUGUGUGCUACUGUUCAUUGGUCAGCCGAAGCUGUGGACAUGUCAGUUAAGACAUGCUGUGUUUGGCAUAAGCUUUGUCCUGUGUAUCUCCAGCAUCCUGGUCAAGACUAUGGUGGUAAUAGCUGUGUUCAAGUCAUCUCGGCCAGAGGGCAAAGGAGCAAUGAAAUGGUUUGGAGCAGUUCAACAAAGAUGCACAGUUCUAGUCCUAACAGCCCUCCAGGUUGUGAUAUGUGCAGUCUGGCUUUCAACUGCCUCUCCAACACCCCAUAAAAACAACCAGUACAUCCGCUCUAAAAUAGUAUAUGAAUGUGCUAUUGGCUCAGUGGCUGGUUUUUCUCUACUGCUGGGAUACAUUGGACUAUUGGCUGCAGUAAGUUUCCUGUUAGCCUUCCUGGCGAGAAAUCUUCCAGAUCAUUUUAAUGAAGCAAAGUUCAUCACUUUCAGCAUGCUGAUAUUCUGUGCUGUAUGGAUUGCAUUUGUUCCAGCAUAUGUGAGCUCACCUGGGAAAUAUGCAGUGGCUGUUGAGAUAUUUGCCAUUUUAGCUUCCAGUUUUGGAUUACUGGUGGCCAUAUUUGCCCCAAAGUGCUACAUUAUCCUUUUCCAUCCAGAGAGAAACACUAGACAUGCCAUAAUGGGAAGAGAAACACAAAUGAAAUAGUGUCUGCAUAUCUCUGGUGUAUGCAUUUUUGACCAAUCAAUACCCUGCUUGUAGACAUAUGUUAUAAAUCUUCCUAAUGCAUGUAAUUGAAAGACUUAUAGUACAUGCAGAUGACUCAUAUACAAUGCCUGUUUUGCAUAUUUUAUUGAAACAUGAUAUAAUCACAAAAGUUGUUGAUUUACACAACAGAAAAAAAGUAA